GGGUUUUGGCCAAUUUGGGGCCAGGGCACAAAAUAAGCAAGCACUUACCCCUUCUCGCCGAGGAAGAGCGGGAGAAAGGGUAUGGCACAGACACAAGGCUGGGUGAGAAAGUACUUCAAAGCCUUCUGCAAAGGCUUCUUUGUGGCCGUCCCAGUGGCAGUGACGUUCCUGGAUCGGGUUGCCUGUGUGGCGAGAGUAGAAGGGGCCUCAAUGCAGCCUUCUUUGAAUCCUGGGGGAAGCCAGUCAUCCGAUGUGGUGCUUUUAAACCACUGGAAAAUGAGGAAUUUUGAAGUACAACGUGGCGACAUUGUGUCAUUGGUGUCGCCCAAAAACCCAGACCAGAAGAUUAUUAAGAGGGUGAUUGCUCUUGAGGGAGAUAUUGUUAAAACCAUGGGGCAUAAAAACCGAUAUGUCAAAGUCCCCCGCGGUCACAUCUGGGUAGAAGGUGAUCAUCAUGGACACAGUUUUGACAGCAAUUCUUUUGGGCCGGUUUCCCUAGGACUUCUGCAUGCCCAUGCUACACAUAUCCUGUGGCCUCCAGAGCGCUGGCAGAAAUUGGAAUCUGUGCUUCCCCCAGAGCGCUUGCCGGUUCAAAGUGAAAUAACUCCAUGAAUCUUCCUGAAUUGCUAGCUUGGGAUAACAACACCACCAAUUCCAGGAAAAGGGAUGGAGAAUCAACCAAAAGACACGAUUACCUGCAAGAUGAUGCUGUGCAAGAAAUAUUUCUACCAUAUUCCAAUAAUCUGUAUUCUUGAAGAACAUGUUUAAAAAUAAAGUGUUCAAUGGCACAUGAUUUUGUGUUAAACUUUGAUAGCCUACAAUUAAAGCUUCCC